AUGGCAAAGAACGACCAAGGAUACGACUUCAUUAUUGUUGGCGCGGGUCCUGCUGGGUGCGCCGCCGCCAUUGACCUGGCGCGAAGUGACGGGCAUCCACGAGUCUUACUUCUAGAGGCAGGGGACAGCAACCGCGAUGUGUCCUUCCGCCAGCACAGCAACAUGCUCGUCCAAAUGCGGACAGAGUCUCUGAACUGGGAGCACAAGACCGUUGAUCUGCCGCAUCUCUACGGAAGACAGAUCAACUUAAAUCGAGGCAAGGGGCUCGGUGGCUGUUCUGCCAUCAACGCCACAUUUUGGUUUCGAGGAUCUCGGGACGAAUGGGAUGAGAUUAGUGAGCUUGUGGGCGAUGACGAUUGGCAAUGGGCCAAUGUGCGAGAGCGCUUCAAGAGACUCGAGAACUACCAUCAUGAAAUCGAGCCAAGGAGUGGCGAAAAGCGAUACUACGACCCCGGAGAGGAGGCGUACGGUACGGCCGGGGGGAUCAAUAUCUCGAGCCCAGUUACCAACUGGACUCGUGACAUGGCCGAGACAGCUGACACAUGGGCAGCUUGCGGUUACAAGAUCAACCCUGACGGCUCUGACGGUGACCACGUCGGAAUCGUCAUGGCCCCACUGAGCGGCUACGGUGGUAUCCGCAGCACAUCGGCCGACCUCCUAGAGAAUGCGCCCGAGAAUCUACAUGUUAGGACUAAAAGCUGGGUUUACCGUGUCCAGUUUGAAGAUGGCCAGGCCAAAGCAGUCACACUUUCGGACGGCGAAAUAAUCAGGGCCGCGAAAGAAAUUAUUCUCUGCGCUGGCUCCGUCGACAGCCCCAAGAUACUCUUACACUCUGGUAUUGGCCCAGCUGCCCAGCUCUCCAGUCAUGGUAUCCCAAUCGUCUAUGACAAUAAGAAUGUCGGCCAGGACCUGGGAGACCACUAUCACAUGUUCUGCUUCUUCACCAACAGAGAUGACAGCAUAUGCCGAGCCGGGGCUCCGAAUGGCGGCAACAUUAUGGGAUUUCUGAAAAGCGAAACGGCGUUACGAAGCCCAGAGUUUGAGGCGCUUCCCAAAAAUAUACAGCGACGGCUGCAAAAGCCAACCGUGGCUACUUUUGAAAUCGCCCAUUUUGGUGCCAGCGAUAGGACCCAUCCUUCUAUCCACGGACGAAAUUCGAUCCUUGUUAUCGAGCUCCUGAGCAGCCAGGGAAAGGGCGAGGUAACUCUCGCGUCUGCGGACCCGGCUAUGCCACCGCUGGUACGGCCGAGUUAUCUCGAGCACCCAUGGGACAAGCGAGUGGCAAUCGAGGCCACUCGGGAGGCUAUGCGGGUCAUGGAUCAUGCCAGCUCACCAAAAUCAAAAGUACCAGGGACCACUCACGUGUGCCCGAAAAGCGACAGCGAAGAAGAUAUUCUGGACUACUGGAGGAGGAGCUUGAUUAGCACCUGGCACUUGACCGGAACUUGCAAGAUAGGGAAGUCCGAAUCUGCAGACCGAGCGGUGAUAGAUCCUGAGUUUAAGGUAUACGGCGUGAAUGGAUUGAGAGUUGCCGACAUGAGCAUCGUGCCUCUGGUACCAAGGCAAGUCAACCGUUUCAUCCUACACCCUUCGAAACUCGUCCUGCCGAGGAAGAGCCUUUCGCUAACCGGCUGCAGUUCGCACCCGCAAACGAUGGCAUAUCAAAUGGGCAUGAUGGUGGCAUCGAAACUGAUCAAGGAGUACGGGCUGAAUAACUGA